CAUAUGGGUCCUCCCCUUUUGUGGGAUGGGUUUUCAUAUUUGAGCUCUGGAUACACCCGUAACAGUCACAACGAAUACCCAGCUUCUGCGAUCCCGUUAAGACACUGGAAACGUACAUAUGAUUUUUAGGCUUCAUAAUUAUUUGUUAAUAUUUGAUAAAUAAUCAGUUAUUCUGAAUCAACCGGGCGUUUUUUCAUCUCAAAGUAAUGGAGCAUAAACGCUAUGGAGUAUGGAGAGAGCAAUGGCGAUGGGCUGCUUUCAUUGUUUCACUGAUUUCGCUCUGGAGUAGCGCUUCGGCACAGAUCAGAUAUUCCAUCGCCGAGGAAGUUAAAGAAGGGACUGUUGUUGGGAAUAUAGCGAAAGAUUUGGGAUUAGACAAGGACACAUUAAAAGAAAGAGGAUGCCGCAUUGCUGACGGUUCAACGGAGUCAUUUUUUCAUGUGAACCUGAACGAUGGACUGUUGUACAUUGACCGUGUAAUUGACAGGGAGAAGGUUUGUGAGCGGAGCAGUGUGUGUUUGAUCAACUUAAAAGCUGUGCUCGAAAACCCUCUAGAAAUUCACUAUGUGGCCGUAGAGGUGCAGGAUGUGAACGACCAUUCGCCGAGCUUCUCAACGAAAGAGUCACGUCUACAAAUUUCGGAGUCUGUUUCACCAGGAUUGCGGCUCCCGCUGCAAGCUGCAUACGACCCUGAUGUUGGUCAGUUUUCGGUUAAAGAGUAUAAACUCAGUCCAAACGAUCAUUUUCGUUUAGAAGUCAAAGAUCGUGGUAAAGAUGGGAAAAUACCGAUAUUAGUUUUACUGAAGACGCUCCAUAGGGAAACAAAGCAAAACCAUAAACUGCUCCUUACAGCUUUUGAUGGAGGCAAACCAAAUAACUCUGGAACAACUGAAAUUACUGUUGAUGUCUUAGAUGUUAAUGACAAUAUGCCAGUUUUCCAGGAAGAUACAUACACGGUACUUUUGAAUGAAAACGCCCCAAUUGGCACAACAAUAAUAAAAGUAAAUGCCUCAGAUUUAGACCAGGGCUCAAAUGGAGAAGUUAUCUAUUCUUUCGGCAGUAACGUGAAUCACAGAAUACAUGAACUUUUUAGUGUGGAUCAAAAUACAGGUGAAAUUGUUGUGAAGGAUCUGAUAGAUUUUGAAUUGGAAGAAAGUUAUGAGAUUGACAUACAGGCGUCUGAUAAAGGAUCGGCUCCUUUAAGGACAGAUAAAAGUGUGCUGGUGAAUAUUGUUGAUUUGAACGAUAACACCCCUCAGAUAGAGGUUACAUCGUUUUCGAAGGCAAUACCAGAGGAUGCAAGAUUGGGAACCACCGUAGCAUUAGUCAGUGUUUUUGAUAAAGACUCUGGUCUAAACGGGAAGGUUGCUUGCUCACUAAAUGAAAACGUCCCUUUCACGUUAUCACCGUCCACACAAGACAACAUGUAUUCAAUAAUCACAAAAUCAACCCUGGAUAGAGAAGAGCAGGGCGUCUAUGAUGUGAAAAUUAUUGCAAAAGAUGCAGGUGAGCCGUCCUUGUCUUCUGAAAAGAGCAUUACUAUUGUUAUAUCAGAUGCAAACGACAACAGGCCAGAGUUUUCAGUGAGCCCAUACACGUUUUAUGUCCACGAGAACAACUCACCGGGAGCUUUAGUGUUUUCUGUUAAGGCAUCAGACCGUGACGAUGGUGAUAAUUCCCGUAUUUUGUACCAUAUUCUAACAGAUGGAAAUGAUCACUCUAACAUACCAUUAUCCAGUCUUAAUAUCAACUCUGAAAGUGGAGAGAUUUUAGCGCUGAAAAGUUUUGACUUUGAGACUCUGAAAACUUUCCAGUUCCAAGUUGUAGCCACAGAUUCUGGUACUCCGUCACUGAGCAGCAAUGUCACAGUGAUCGUGUUCAUUCUGGACCAGAACGACAACGCUCCAGUCAUCCUGUAUCCACUCAGCUCCAACGGCUCUGCUGAAGGUGUGGAGGAGAUUACCCGCAACGUGAACGCAGGACACUUGGUGACUAAAGUCAGAGCCUAUGACGCUGAUAUAGGAUAUAACGGCUGGUUGUUGUUCUCACUGCAGGAAGUUACUGACCACAGUCUCUUUGGUUUGGACCGCUACACAGGACAGAUCAGGACACUUCGCUCGUUGACAGAGACAGACGAGGCUGAGCAUAAACUGAUCAUACUGGUCAAAGACAAUGGGAACGUUUCACUCUCUGCAACAGCUACUGUCAUUGUCAAACUUGUGGAGCCCAAAGAGGCUUUUUCAGCUUCUGAUGUUAAAAGUGUAGCAAAAGUAGACGAAGAAGACAAUGUUACAUUUUAUCUGAUGAUAACUUUGGGCUCAGUUUCAGUUCUUUUUCUCAUCAGUAUCAUCGUAUUGAUUGCAAUGCAGUGCUCCAAAUCCACAGACUAUACUUCUAAAUAUCUGCAAGAGCCAAAUUACGAUGGGACACUGUGUCACAGCAUCCAGUACAGAUCUGGAGACAAACGGUACAUGUUAGUUGGACCCAGAAUGAGUAUAGGAUCUACUAUAGUCCCUGGGAGCCACGCAAAUACUUUAGUACUUCCUGACAGGAGGAGAACAUCUGAGGAGGUGAGUAAAUACUUUAAAAAUAUUUUGCCUCAAGGAUUUUGCUAAUGGUCC